CCAUAUUCUCCGCAGUAUUCCAAGUGUCAUCAUGUUUAGUCUGUUGCUUCCAUUUUUUAUAUUAUACUCCAUACAUCAAACUAAAGGGCUUUGCGGUGACUCUAUAAAGUGGUCCCACCGUGUGAACAUGGACGAGGUCUAUGGGGUGUGGUACGGCGUCGGGUACGCUCAGCACAAUCCAGAUAUGACCAAUAUGCCUAAUGAAGUAGGAUGCGUUACUCUAUAUAUAACAGAUGCUGCAUAUGAACUUAAAGACAAUUGGCUCGAUUGGUCCAUAUUGCGUAAAAAUUUCUCAGAUCAAAAUUGGCGGUCUUCAAAAAGCAAUCCAUGGUCACGAAACGCAAUGGCGGGACCCUGGCUUGAUGUUCGAUUAAAAAGAAAGGUUAAAAGAAAUAUUUUAGAUGACGAAAAACGAGUAAGGAUAUUAUGGGAUGAAGAUGGACAUACAUUGGAGCAAGUUUAUCUUUAUUAUCCAGAAGAACCUGGGCUUUGGACAGCGGAUAAGUUGCGACCCUUGGAAAAGGAGAUGAUGUAUCGAGGCAUUGAUGUAUGGUACCCAGACGAUCCGCCUCGACAUCCCGAUGUGAUCCGGUUAAUAAAGGUCACGCCACACACACUUAUCAUAAAUCAUUGUUCGGAAGUGGGUAACGGUGGUAUAUUUUCUCUAAUUCUUCGAAGAUCACCCUCAAAGGUACAGCGGUGGGAAUGGUAUAAAUAUCAGAAAGAAUUCUAUAAAUUUGAAUUACCCAAUAUUUAUAGACAAGCGGCUGUAUGCUCGGCGUGUACUCAAAUAACAUCAGUCGUCAUUUUGUUUAGUUGUUUUUUUGUAAAUGUUUUGAAUAAUGUAUUUUUAAAUAAUAAAUGACUGAUA